AGCCUCCUCGGUUCUAGUCACUUUCCAGAUUGGUCACGCCCCAACAGCGGAACUUCCAUUGGCCUCUCGCCCAGUCACUCAGGCUGGACUCACCAGCCAGCACCCCGCCCCCGGACAGCGUGUGGAGCGUCCAUAACCGCCGCGGAGCUCCGCCCGGGCCUUCUUGCGACGUCAUCCACCUGCGCCUGGGUUCCGGCCGGACCCCAGGGCUCCCCUUCUGGCCUGAGCCCCGCAGCCACCCGCCCCCCCCACAGCGCCCUGCCGGUAACCGUUUUAUUUUCCGUACAAGCCCAGAGCGUAGCAGCGUUUGGCGCCUUGGAAGCUCCUCAGUCAUUAUUGCGAGACGCCCCUUGACUGGCGUUUAGGACAGAACAUGGAGAUGGCAGAGGAAGAUAAUAGUGGGGAAGAAUACCCAAAUGAAAUUCAUGAUUAUCUGUCAGCAUUUGAAAAGUCUCUUGGUUCUGUAGGUGACAUGCUGAAGACUAUGAUGUCUGUUUCUAGGAGUGAGCUUCUUGAAAAGUUGGACCCUCUUGAACAAGCAAAAUUGGAUUUGGUUUCUGCAUACACGUUAAAUUCGAUGUUUUGGGUAUACCUGGCCACUCAAGGAAUCAAUCCCAAGGAACAUCCAGUGAAACAAGAGCUGGAGAGAAUAAGAACGUACAUGAACAGAGUCAAAGAAAUAACAGACAAGAAAAUGGCGUCCAAACUGGAUAAAGGAGCUGCAGCAAGAUUUGUAAGAAAUGCAUUAUGGGAACCAACACCUGAAAAUAAUCCUAAAGUGAAAACUUCUGCUAAGGCAAAAAAGAGAAAAAUGAACUAGUUUUUUAUUUUCCCUUUGGUUUUAUUUUUGUUUAUCAGGUAGGGAGAUAACUAGAAAAUUAUUUUUUAAAUUGUGUUUUGUAUAUGUUUUGCAUCACAUAAAUGAUGAACUAAAACAACAAUUUGAUGAAUAUAUCUUUAGCAAAGAUCUAAAUUAUAGGGUCACAUUGCACAGCUUCUGCUGAGAUCACACCUGUAUAUACACAUGUAUAUCUGAAAGUGAAAGUUGGUCCUUGGAGAUUAGCUUGAAAGCUUGGCUCUUUAAUGAGAACGAACUAAUCAUUUUUGCCAGCUCUUUGUAAGAAUGUGCUAUUUCAUGAUUUGCUUCUCAUUCUAAUAAUUUUGGGGGGUAAUUUUUGACUAGUUGAAACUGUAUUUUCUUAGUUAUUGCUAAAUUUAAUCUCCAAAUAUUCAGCCAGUCACAAGUGAUGGACAUCUAGUCUGUGUGAAUUGUUUAUGUAGGAGCCACUGGUUUUCAAGUACACCUGUGUAUGUAAUGCUAAAUGUGUAGAGCAUAUUAUCCUUUGUAUUGCUUAUAUUAAAUAUAAAUGAUGCCUCUUUUUCAAUCUC